ACCUUUAAUAUCUCUCGACAAGAAGUAGUCCGUCGUCUACGUGCCAAGGGUCAGCCUAUUCGACUGUUCGCAGAAACUGACAAACAAUGCAGAAUCCGUUUGCGUGCUCUGGAGCUUAUGGAGGAGCGAUCAGAGGAUCAAGGACAACGAAAUGACUUUAUGCGACAGUUGGGAGAGAUGGAAGAGGGCAUGAAGUUGGAUGUACUGAGACAAAAGGACGGUAUUGUAGAUGAUAAAAGUCUCAAGAAGCCCAAGAAGCCAGAUCUUGUGGUAGAACCAAUUACCCUAGGAUUACUUCAAGCAGAUCGUGAUAGACUUAAUAUGCAGAUUUAUGCUUAUUUGGCGUACACUCAACAAGAAUGGGCAGACUUUAUGGAGCAGCGACCAGAAGAAGAAAAGCGUAGUACCCAGGGCAAGAGAGCUGCUGUUCUUCAGAAACAAACAGCUGAAUAUAUCAAACCCCUUUUGAAACAAUUGAAAAAGAGAUCCCUGGAGCCUGACAUUUUGGCCCGUGUUGCAGAAAUUACCCACCACAUGCAGAAUCGUCGAUACCGUGAUGCGCAGGAUUCUUACCUCCAGUUGUCUAUCGGCAAUGCUCCAUGGCCUAUUGGUGUUACCAUGGUUGGUAUUCACGAACGUUCUGCUCGUGAAAAGAUUUUCUCCUCUCAGGUCGCCCAUGUGCUUAACGAUGAAACUUCCCGAAAGUGGAUUCAGUCUGUCAAGCGAUUGAUGACAUUUGCCCAGAGCAAAUACCCUCCCGACACCCUCAGCCAAAUUUCAUAA